AUGCGACUGCCGGCAAGAGGAAUCGUGUUUCUGAAAGGUAGCGAUAGUGAGCUGUGGAAGGAUUCCAAGCUCAAUGAACUCACGACAAUGGAGCAGACUACAAGCGACGAUACAGCUAGCUCAACCCUUCGAGUCGUCAAACUGUACCAUGUUAUCAUUGGCCGAUUCAUUCAGGAUGAGACGGACAAGCAACACAGGAGAGACGAUUAUCGUCAACACGUCAACUGGGCCAUUAAAAUUGAAAGAGGAGCGAAGACCCUAGUAGCAUGCAUGAUUCCCAUUUUGGGAGUACUAGUGCUAUAUUUCGUCCAGGAUAAGGGAGCCAGACUGGGUGUCAUUGUUGCCUUCACCGCGGUUUUCUCAGUGACCCUGAGUGUCCUUGCAACGGCAGCCAUAAAGGAUAUUUUCAGUGCCACAGCAGCAUUUCCUGCCGUCCUUGUCGUCUUCGUUGGGACAUCAUGA